AUGAGUUCCUCCCAUGGGCCAUUUGCACUUUCCCUGCCCACCAAGGACGGGCUCACACUGUCUCUGAAAGGCAGUUUAUUGCCAAGGAGGAAGCCAGGCCGUUUGCGCCAGUCAACCGAGGAGCACUUGGGAGAGACACCCCAGCACUGCGGGGACAGCGACUCUCCCAGCACUCACCUGUUGAUGGUGAGCAUGAUCUGCGAGGAAGCAGGAGGCCGCCGACUCGAUAGGAUCCAGGCAUGCAUGCUGUGUGGCCGGGCAGAGGCUGACCCGGACAUCUGCGGGUACAAACUACAGAAGCGAGGGCUCUGCGCCCAUCUCUUUUGCCUGUUUUUUGCCAACAGCCUCUUCCAGAAAGAGUCCCACAACGUGGGCCUGAUGGGAUUCCCCCUGAGGGAUAUUCGCCAUACAGUCAAGCAGGCGUCACAGCAGCGCUGCUUCGUCUGUGGCGAGAGCGGGGCCGCCAUCACCUGCUGCCAGGAGGGCUGCGACCGCAGCUUCCACCUCCCCUGCGCCGUGGAGGGGGAAUGCGUCACGCAGUACUUUGGGCUUUACAGGAAGUCCUACGGCACCAUGGUGUGCCCAGCGUGCAAACACGCCUGGUUCCACAGGGCCUGCAUCCAGGGACAGGCUGCGUGCGCCGGCAUUUUCUUCCAGUGCCCUCUCUGUAGAGAUGAGCAUGCAUUUCUCAUGGAGAUGUUCAACAUGGAUUGCCAUCAUGGGAGAAUGGACACGCAGAUGAUGAACAAAAUGAGAGGCACAGCCGCUGCGAUGCCCGUGAGUGCCUUUGCCCAGGAGGCAGGCAGCACACAAAGCGACAGGGGCCCUGGCAACUGCUCCUGUGCUGCUCCUGCGCUGCCGAGGGCACCCACAGACGAUGCUCCCACUUGGGGACCGGCGCAGCCAGAUGGGAGUGCAACAGCUGUGCUGGCCUGGGCACCGGUAAGAGGCAAAGCACCCGGGUGCCCCCGGGCGAGGCCUGGCAGCGGGUGCCCAUUCUGGGCUUGGCAGAGCCCCUCUGCUCCAGGGGGGCUGGGGGCACAGUUCUGGCCUCUCCUGCCGCGGGCCUGGGGGGCCGUGCCCGUGACCUUCCUGCUCCCCCUUACAGCCUCCAGUGGCAGCUCAGAGGUGGCGGGUCCCAUCACCGAGAGCCAGUCAGGAUCGGGGCCGUCCCACAGCUCUCCAGCACCAGAGACCAGCAGCCCCAGCAGCACUGGUCUCCAGGCGGCAUCGGGGCCAUCCCAAAGCUCCCCAGUGCCUGAGAGCAGCAGCUGCUCCAGCCCACCUGGGCCUGACCGUGUGCGAGACCGAGCUCGCUCACGGCGUAGUGCCCAAAAACCCUACAGCCGGCCCACAAGACACCGUGGCAGGAGCAGUGCACCAGCACGCAGGGCUGAGAGGAGCACCCCAGGACAGUUGGCACGGGGACGGUCCCACAGCUCGCUUGUCCCUGAGUCCAGCAGCCCCAGCACCAGCACCACGGCGGCAUCAGGGUCCUCCUCCAGCUUCACAGAACUGGAGAGUAGCAGCCCCAGCAGCACUGGUGGCCAAGGGGCAUCGGGGCCGUCUCAAAGCAGCUCCCCACCACCUGAGAGCAGCAGCUGCUCCAGCCCACCUGGGCCCGACCGCGUGCGAGACCGCUCUCGCUCGCGGCGUCGGGCCCAAAAGCCCUACAGCCGGCGCACAAGAGGCCGUGGCAGGAGCCGCGCACCAGCACCCAGGGCUGAGAGCAGCAGCCCCGCACAGUCGGUGCCGGGAUGCUCCCGUGGCUCCCCGGUACCCGAGACCGGCAGCCCCAGCACCCCCAGCUCUGCACGGCUCCAGAGCAGCCGCCGCCCCAGCCGCCCCGGGCCCGUGCGGGGACGAGACCGCUCCCGCUUACGACGUCGGGCCCAGAACCCUUACAGCCGGCCCGGACGCUGACGCGCG